AUGUCCACUCGCUACCACCAAGCUGCUAGUGACAGCUACCUGGAACUCCUGAAAGAGGCCACCAAGAGAGAUCUGAACCUUUCUGAUGAGGAUGGCAUGACUCCCACACUGCUGGCCGCCUACCACGGGAACUUGGAAGCCCUAGAGAUCAUCUGCAGCAGAGGAGGGGACCCUGAUAGAUGUGACAUCUGGGGAAACACUCCUCUACAUCACGCAGCCUCCAACGGUCACGCCCACUGCGUCUCAUUCCUGAUCAACUUUGGGGCCAACAUCUUUGCCUUGGACAAUGACUUUCAGUCUCCACUGGAUGCUGCCGCCAGCAGAGAGCAGAAUGAGUGCGUUGGUCUCCUGGAUAAGGCAGCCACUGCGCAGAACAUCAUGAACCCCAAGAAAGUGACGAGGCUGAAGGAGCAGGCUCAGAAGAAUGCCAGGCGGCAGAUCAAAGAGUGUGAGAGGCUCCAGGAGAAGCACCAAAACAAGAUGGCACGCACCUACAGAAAGGAGGAGUCAGGGACCCUUUCCUCCUCCAAGAGCACUUUUUCUAAGGCAUCCCUUUCAAGUGCUUCUGCUUCCAGCACAUUUGGGUCCCUGUCUAAGGGCAUUAAAGGCACCUUCAAGACAAAGUUCAGGAAGAAUAAAGACACAGCAGAGCAGGCUGGGAAGGAAUACAGGAAUGGGCAGAGGAAUGUAAUGGAAGUUUUCAGAGAGGAGGAAGAAGACACUGUCUCGGGGGACUUCAAGGAGAAGCUCCAGCUCUCAGCAGAGGACAGCUGUGCACAGCAUGAAUCCAUCCUCAGCCGUCCAGGUCUAGGAAAUAUUGUGUUUAGAAGGAACAAAAUAUUGAGCCCCGAAGACAUCUCAGACAGCAAGAGGGAGCUGGGGUUUAAAGUGCCCAGUGAAUUGCUUCAGAGACAAGGAACAGCACAGGCCGAUGAAGCUGAGGCCGAUGAAGAGGGAGAUGAAAGCAGCUUGGAAGAUGAUUUGCCUUGGGAUAAAGAUGUAGUGGAGUGGGAGGAAGACGUGGUUGACGCUACCCCCCUGGAAGUAUUCUUGCAGUCCCACCACCUGGAAAAACUCCUUCCCUUUUUCAUGAGAGAGCAGAUUGAUUUAGAUGCUCUGUUGCUUUGCUCCGAUGAGGACCUCCAGAGCAUACAAAUGCAGCUGGGUCCCAGGAAGAAAGUUCUCAGUGCCAUAAGCAGAAGGAAGCAAGUGCUCCAACAGCCUGGACAACUGGUCGACACCAGCCUGUGA